UCUGAGACAUGAUCGAUAAUGGAUCUCUGUAGAUCUCAAGAGCAGCUGGAAUUUUUUGGCCCCAACGUCAGUUAAUUUGGUCUCGUAGAGUAUGUGUUGUGUUUGUUAAGAGGGGCUACAUGUACAUGCAAUUUUGACACAUGUUUGUUUUCCUUCACAUCUACAUUAUAGGUCAUAGUUCAUAUGAUUCAAGUAAUUUAUUCCACAGCACGCCCAAAACAAAGCCCAUAUCUUCAUCUUUCUCUUCAACAUCACCAAGUAUUUACAAACCCAGAACAAGCAACACAAGCUACCAGACAGGUGUUAGUCCAUCCCGUGUCCAGCGGAGUAAAUCUCCAUUGCGUAGCACAAGUCCUGUCCGUCGACCAGUAAGUCCUAGUAUACACAGAGCAACAAGUCCAAGACUACACAACAGCUCCCUCUCUCCUACCAGUAAACAGCUCUCUGACGUUGACAGUGAUACAAUCCAAAGACAAAGGCGUGAACUUCAGUUACUUAUAGGAGAACUCAAAGAUAGAGACAGAGAAUUAAAUGAUAUGGUACAAGCCCAUCAAAAACAGAUUGUAGCAUGGGAAGAGGACAGGCAGAGGGUGUUUGCUCUUGAGAAAAGAUCCUCUAGGCUUGAAAGUGAACUUAAAAGUAGAAAUGAACAAUUGAAAGGAAUGCAAGCAAGGCUAAAGGCUUCAGAAACAGAAGAAAAGAACAAAGGCAAAGAACUGGAAGAUACUCAGCUCCAACUUCAACAAGUUUCUGAGCAUGCAAAUACUUCACUUCACCAGGUGCAGGAACUUGAAGAGAAGAAUAGUGCUUUAACGUCAUCCAUGAGAGAGUUAUCAAACACAAUAGGACAGCUUCAAGCCAGAGAGCAGGAACUUUUAACAAAACUUAAACUUAAGGAUAACGACAUCAUGGAAGCAAAUGUAAGCUUAGGGGAAUUACAGCAAAAGAUAAAACGACUUGAAGGCCUGUGUCAGGAAUUAAGAAAAACUGAAAGCUCAUUGAGGACAGAAAGAGACCAGUGGAGAGACCAGGCGACAGCGAAUAAACAUGAAGUAGAAAAACUUAGAGGUGAUAUUAGUAAACAGUUUAGUGAUGCAGACGAGGUUCAAGCGGAAUUAGCAAAGACAAAGCAGGAGAUUUUAGUCUUGCAAAAAGAGCUCUUCUUAUCAGGUGAGAGAGAAAAGAGGAAAGAUCAGCUACUUGAUUUACAAAAGUCAAAACAAGAAAGAACAGAUUCAGAGCUUCAAAACCUUCGACAGAUCUGUGAACGACAACAACGCGACAUUUCCUACAUGCAGCUCCAGUUACAAAGUUCUCAUGAUAUGUUAUCCAAACAUGUCACGGAGCCUGAUAAAAUCUCAGAGGUGGAGUCUAAUCCUCCAGAUGAGGAGAAGAAAGCUAUCAACAGCUUUUACGAUGCGACAAGUUACAAUCUCAACGGCGAUUACUUCGACAGCCAGGACGAAGCAUCAACCAGAUCAAUGGAUUAUGACGGUCCGAUAGUUUCUAAGGGAGUUGAUGGCGAUCUGUCUGCCUAUAUUCCCGGAGGUGGUGGAGUGUCCGCCCUUUCCAUGCACGCCACAGCCGGAAGUGACUUGACUGAUGACUUUGACAACCUAUCUCACGAUCCAUUGCAGUCCGCAAUGACUUCAGACAGAGGCUUCGCAAGCUCCAAUGUAGAAACGUUCUUGCCACCAAGAAAUCCAUCUUACUUCAGCACUCCCAACACACGAACCGACAUGUACCCACCGAUAGGCAACAUGUCAAUCACGAGCGCCAGGACAGAGGACCACACUAGCUUUUUACCUUUCUCGGCUGGUAGGCCUGUGGAGUUGAAUUCCGCGACACCGUCAAGGCCUGGGGAUGCGUUUUCUCCUUAUUCAGCUGGUAUGUCUGUGACGAAGUCGUCACCGCCUAAGGCGGAGGGGGACAGUUCACCGACCAGUAAACUUCAUCGUCUGCUGGCGGAGUCUCGUCAAAUGGUUCAAAACCUCGAACAAUCUUCCACCUUCUCUCUGACCGGAAGUCCUAAGCAGGACUCUACAGUUCCUACAAGUGACCAGUACACACCGCCACAAAGACAUCUGGCAAGUCCUCUACAAUCACGUCCCCUUCAUACGUCCGCCGAAUGAAAAGUACGUGAAGAGUCGUCACGACGUUCAACUGAUCAUUGCAGAGUCCAGCGUGUGACACAGCACCAUUUAUCCCAUGCUAUGUGCCAAGUUUGUGAAAAGACAUGUUAACAUCGAUAUUAUUGGUUCACUUAACUUACUGCCGUCUUGAAUCACGCUUUCGGUCGUUUUGUCGAGUCCUCUCGGACACUUUCGUAACAAAUUCGUAUGAUUAUCGGAAACCCGAGUGCUUGGUCAGAAGCCGAUACUGCUCGAUUCAAGAUGGCUGCAAACAGUUAUUCCAGUGAAUAUAAAUAUUGUUUUUAAACAGAUAGCUUAGCUUGAGUAACGCUUGUGUUUUAAUCUGUACAUAGAAAAUGUUGGAUAGAGACCAACCCUAUUUUGUUUUUGAGUUUACGACGCAUCUCGUAAAAAUCCAUUCCUUUAAAUUCACUUCCCAACGCGUAAAUUAAAAGGAACUCAGUCACGGUAUUUGGAGUUAUUUUGUAAACAUACAAAAUUACAUUUAAAUUGAAGGAAACCUGAAAAUAAUAGUUAACUAAGUUUGAGAAACACAAAAGAGAUAAUAUUAAACUAUUAAGGAACAAGGCUGGUUAAGGAUGCUGAAGAUUGACACGGGUUACAAACGAACUUGAAAAAUUUAAGCUAGACUUUUUAAAAUGCUCAAACAGUGACGUAGCUUCUUUAUUUAAGUUCGUCGUUGGUUUGACAUUUUAUUCUUUAUCUUGGCUAAGAACGGCAGAAAAUUAAGGUGUUCUUUAAGCUCCUCAAAGUUAAAAUGUAUGAUUUUAGUAAGCGGUCAUAUAUUUUUCUUAAACGAAGGCAAAUGCGUUGAUUUGAAAGAGUAAGCUGUACUUUCACGCCGGAAUACCGCCUGAUGUUUUUUCUCUUUAUUCUGUGUUGGCUGAAGGUUGUGGUGAACACUCCAGUGUAAAAAAUGGGGCCAAACUGUCUCUAUAGUUGGUUAGAGGGGACGGGAAGUCUCUCUUACGAAAAACUGGUGACAAGACGCCGUUUUUUUCUCGAUUCGUCACUGUAAUCUAUGCCUCCGUCGUCCAAACCCUUUAAAUCCGUAUUCGCACGAAUUUUAAGCGCAUGAAGCCAAUUCAAUGAAAGAACCAUUUCGUCACUUUAAAUUCCCCAUAAAAUGUCUUUCAUCUCUGCCAAUAUUUAAUCAAAAACCCAUCGUGGAUCAUUCUAGAUUACUUACAAUUCCUUCCACUGUAAUAUUGAAGCAUUUUAUUUUGUAGUUAGUUUCCAUGAUCAUUUCAUCUUUUUAUUUUCAUAUAGGGUUUUUACUAGGUACAAAUGAUUGUAGGUAGAUCUUCAUAUUUAAUAGAUAGUAUUUAAAUGAUGUGAAUGUAGACUUGUGUAUGAACAAUUGAUUUAUUUAAUUCAGAAUCCUGUGAUCUGAACGAGUGAAAUUGAAUGGGAGAAAAUGGAUAAUAAACUGUGAGAAUUCUGAA